CAAACGUAAUUUAUUUACAUUUUAAAAAAAAAAUUAUUUAUUGUUGAAUUAAAAAUGUCGAAUUUGGAUUAUCCUAUUUAUAAAGGAAACGCUAUAUUUCGGGAACAACCUAAUCAUUCAUUUUUCGAUAAACCAUUCGAAGACGAACAGGACUGUUUAUUUCAGUGUCUCAAUGAAAUAGACCCACAUUUUUUGAAACCCCAGCAACAGGCAGAACAUCUUACUGUAAGCAAUAUUACGGUAACAGAUCCUCGCACAAAUAAAUCCAUAACACAGCUGAGUUACGACCACACCCGGGAAGAGCAAACAAAAAAAUUUCCUUCGCCAAAACGGUCAAUGAUGACUGAAAAACAACAUGAAUUGGGCGUGCGAGUUUUAAGUGCCCUGCAACAGCGUCUGGAGGUUGAAGAAGAGGACAUGUACAAUUGGUAUAGAUUGCAAAAAAUUAGGCUUAAGGAAAAGCAAUAUUUUCAAAAGUUUGUCUAUGAAUUUAGCCAAAGUAGCAAAGAACAAAUGUAUGCACCCUGUCGCAAGCUGUUGGAAUUGUAUCAAAAGUGGUAUAAAACCAAAAUGUUAAAAUUAAUGAAAAGCUAUCCGCCAGAGUCUUACAACACACAUUUGGGUUUACCUCAAGUAAGACAAUGUAAAAACAUUUUGAGUGAGCAGCAAGUGCAGAUAACAAAUCAAGAAGUUGUUAACACAAUAGGAGAGGAAUGCAGUUGGCAUGAUGAUGUAAAACAGAAAUUUAAAAAUUUAAAUUACUCUAUUGGCUCUUAUACCGAAAUAUACCUGAAUUCUGAGGAUUUAAAAGAGUCUUUAGAAGAUAAUUUAAAAACACAAUUUAAAAAUUAUGCUGAACAAGAAUUAGCAGAAUGUUCUCAAUUGUAUAUACCUUUGGAAUCAUUGUUAUUUUUAAUCACAGCUGGUGACUAUAUAGAUAUGCCCUCGGAAAUGUUGUUAACUAUUCAAGAAACUGAAAUUGUAGACAAUGAUAAUAAAAAAUAUAUAAUUAUGGAUCAACCCUUGCCCUCGAGGCAGGUCGGCUGGCAUAGCUAUCAACAAAUGGUGCAACAAGCAGCUAUAGCAAUGCUAUCUGUUAAACAAAAAGAAACUCUAGAAAAUGUACAAACGAAUGUAAGUAUAGAAAAUUCCAAAAACUUUAAGGUUUCAACCGUACAAGAUUUUAUGCAAAAAUCUACUUUAACUGCGGACAAACUUUGUAAAUUUUCCAAAACUUUAACUAAAUGGCAAUUGGGUACUUUAGAAGACAACCCAUUACUAGAAAUUUAUACCUCUCUGGAUUCACACACAAAAAAUAAAGAUUUUUCACUUAAAUUAGAAUUCAAACCAAGUUAUGGUUGUGAAAUAUUAACAAAAUAUGACCUACUUAAGGAAUGGUUUAAACUUAAACUAUUACAAAAAACAAAAAGCAACAGCCUCCGUUUGGAUGUUACAAAUUAUCAAAUUUUACUUGAAGAAUCUUUGGACAUUAACAAACUAGAGGAAUACUUAUCUUUUUAUCAUAUAAAUUGCCAACAAUUGAUAAACAACCUGUAUGAAUUUCUAAAAAUGUUACACAACAUGCCCACGGGCCAUUAUAUGUUGCGCUACAAUCCCAAAUUCAAGGACAAACUUAUGCUGUGUAAACCUUCUCAAGAAAUCACGCAAAAUACUAUAAAUCUGCAUCAGCUGCUGCAAACUGAUGUCACUGACAUACAAUUUAUGACGGAAGUGAAUUUUCUUACCAUUGAUGAAAACCUUUGCAGUUUAAUGCACUUUCAACAUAAGAUUUUACCUGCAGCAUUUUGCCCUCGUGCAGACACCCGAAAAGCAAACAAUAAUGGUAGUGGUUUUGUGUCAAAGCAGAAAAAACCAAUAGUACCACCCAAAGAUGCGAAGAAACCACCUAUAAACAAGACCAAAAUGAAGAGAAUUAGAAAGAGAAAACGUAUUAUUGAUACCAUCAAAGCUAAGAAUGAGGAGAUGAAAGAAAUGAGGCAGGAAAUGGAAUUGGACCGUAAAAUGUUAAAUAUUUGAAAAUCUGUAAUAAAA